AUGUCAUAUUUCGAUUCAACUGUGAAUUAUCACACUGUUGAUAACUCAAGGAAUGUCCAGAGCAUGUCCCAGUUCUCUCAGCCAACCCAAUUAAUCCCAAACCAGAAGAUCAUGAGCAUGAGGAGUAACGCAACAGGAGGAAUAAACAAGAAAAAGAGAGAGAACUAUGUCUCAACUAAAAGAGACGUUCCUGGGUUUGUGCAAAGAAAAAUUCAAAUGGCUCAUGGGUAUGGCCCUUCUUUAGGUCAGUCUCAAAGUCAGCCCAGAGUUGGUUUAGAUCAAGAAUAUGACUGGAACUUGCCCUUAGAACAGCCUACAAAGCCAUUACCAAAUCGAAUAAUCACUCCUAAAGCUAAGUUGAGAACUAGAGCUGGGAAUAUGUUGUACAAAAGUGUUAAAGAAGGGAAUAAAGAAAUAGAGGAUAGAGACAACAUGCCUAAAUAUUACAAUCAUAAUUACCCAGUACAAUCUCUCACUUCGUAUGGAGUAAAAAAGAGCAAAGGCACAUAUCUGCCUCAGGAUGCUUAUGUAGAAUACAAAUAGACGCCAGAACGCAGACAGGCUCCAGCUCCCAAAAUUAUCAAAUCCUAUAGAUAUUAAUGAAGGUUCAGAGCAGAGAUUGAGGCCAGCUUAUGGCAAGGUUGAAGGGUAUGGCUUGAAGGAGAUUGAGAAUUACGGAGAGUUUUCAGGCCCUAAUAGCUACUACCAAUCUGUUAUUCCUACAGCUAAGGGCCCCAUUGUCACUGAUGGGAUUCAAAAUCACAACUCUAGAAUCAUUAAAACUAAAAGAAUUGAUGAAAAUACAGAUUUUCCUGCAUUAACUAAGAUUGGGAGAGAAAAGCUUCCAAGAGAUCUACAACAAUUUGAUGAACCUGAUGAUAGAAGACUGUACGAACUCCCACCGGGAAAAUGGCCAAAACCUCUUACAGAUAUCAGAGUAAUGAAGAAAGUUCAUGAUGACUCUUAUCGUCCUCCUUCACCUUUAAAGGAGCUGACUCCGUUUCCUGAUGAAGAAGAAUUUCAUUCAAAAAUUGUACAUUAUGUGGGGGAUCCUUAUAAAAAUACUUCUCAGACUAAUUAUCUGACUGGUGCAAAAGUGUACAAUAUGAUUAACAAUGCCAAGUAUGAUAAACCUCCUGGGCGUUAUGCACCUGAACAGUACGAAGAGAGGAUAGUUAACAGAAAAAGAGAUCUCAGAGAUGUUUACUACGUCCAUUCUCGAAGAUACAUCAAAGGAACAGAUGGGAUGGACCAGGCUACUGCGACUCCUUUCACACAAAGGUCCAAAAUUCCUUCGACUCGGAGGUCAAUUCCUGCUACCGUUCGGAAAACUUUCGGAUCAAGUAGUAAUUUUUAA